UUUUCGCCUCGCGUUCAAGCGAGGGAAAAAAUUAUAAUUUAAGGUGACUUGCGCUGUGUGCUCGCAUGUGCUUAUUUCUCGGAUAAGGUAUUCGAGACCCUUCGAUCGGAACGCGACAAUAAAAAUACAGGACUAUUAUAUUUAAAUCGUAAAUUAAAAUUACAUAAUCUUAAGCCGUACGCUUAUAAUCUUACAUUAUAAUAAAUAUUAAAUUCGCACUGCAAAAUAUAAUUCUCUUGGACAAUGUUUGUUUAUUUCGAAGUGUUGUAAGCUGUUAAUCGAUUUAUAACGAAGAUGUCGCUGAAGAAAGAGUCUCGCACCGAUGUACAAUUUCAUCUGGCGGCGUUGCGGGGUGACUGCGAGAAAUUGAAACAGUUAUUGGAUACUGGGAAAGUGCACAUCGACUCCAGAGAUCGGGAUGGCACCACGCCGCUGAUUCUGUCAGCAGCGAUGGGGCACACGGAGUGCGUGAGGGAACUGCUAGCUCAGGGCGCUGAUCCCGCAUGCUGUAGGACGACAGGAACGACCGCGCUGUUCUUCGCAGCACAAGGCGGUUUCCUCGACAUAGCCUGCUUGUUGUUAGACGCAGGCGCAGCUAUCGACGCACCGAGCACGGACGGCGGUACUCCUCUAUUCGUGGCUUGUCAAUGCGGUCAUCUGUCAGUUGUCGAAGAACUCAUACGACGCGGAGCCAACGUUAACUCUUGUAUGAAGGACGGCGCGAGUCCGCUGUUCAUAGCGGCGCAAAACGGUCACGAGGAGGUGUGUCUGUCGCUGCUCGCGAGCGGCGCACACGUGGACGCGUGCCGCAGCGACCGCGCGUCGCCGCUGUGGAUCGCGGCGCAGUGCGGCCACCAGCGCGUGGCGCGCGCGCUGCUCGCACACGGCGCGCACGUCGACAGGCUGCGGCAGGACGGCGCCACCCCGCUGUUCAAGGCGGCGCACAAGGGCCACGCGGCGGUCGUCGCGGAGUUGCUGCGACAUGACCCGGAGCUCGGACUGCUGCCGAACGGUCAGUCGGCGCUGCACGGCGCGGCCAUGUUCGGUCAGCUGGCGUGCGUGCGGCAGCUGGCGCGGCGCUCGAGCCGUGACGUCACGGCGCCCACGCGCCUGCGCAACGCCAGCGGCCUCACGCCGCUGCAGGCGGCGGCCGCGGCCGGCAAGCGGGACGUCGUCGCCUACCUGCGCUCGCUCGAGCACACGUGAUACUAGCACUGACGUCACUCGCGCCUCGACGCCGUUCGAGGUAUUCCAGAUUCGAAUGUUUUCGAAAUUUGGCGGGAUAAUUUAAUUUCGGAGUGACGAUAACGAACACAUUUGAGCAAACAUGAACGGACGAAAGCGUCCGUGAUGCAAUGGCUGUAAAUCGAAUUCAAAUAUAGUAUACGCCAGUGGUUUUGUUGCAAGUCUGAAUACCGCCUUUACGCCAUGUUGCGUCGCGGUCGCGUUUAAUUCUUAAAUGUGUUCGAUCGUUUUUCUUGCAAAAAAAGAAGUAUCAAUCAAUUAUUAUUUUUUUCUUUACUGCAACUUAUUGCAGUAAAGAAAAAAAACCACUUUGAUGUGUAACAUUAACACAAGUUAACAUAACUUAGCUCUCGGUAUGCGCCAUCUUGUGGUGCUAUUGGCACUAAUUUGCGAUGGGGCGAAAUCGUUUAUCGAAGAACAGUAAGCUGACAUAUAUUUUACUCCGUGUACACAUAGAUGGCGUUAGUGUCGUUUUAAUUAAAGAUCAUAUUUGAUUAGAUCACAAAAGUUCUAAUUCUACAGUAAAUAUAUAAAGUAAACCACAUGUUCACUCAAAUACAAGUGAACAAUCUAGUCAAAUGCCGAUGACUAACUAUUUAAAACAGCUGUUAGGUAAUAAUGGAUGACACUAAUUUCCAUAUAAAGAUUUAAAAUUAAAAUACACUAUGCAUAUGAGGUUUAUGAAAAUAAACCCAUAUUGUCAUGGGAUAGCUCACACAACUUUGAAAUCAGAAAGAAACAGUUGAAUCGAUUCAAACUUAACAAAAAUUUUACACGUACCAACGUUAAAUGUUACACAUAUUUUAUUAAAUCUCAUUUUACAUUUACAGAUUUGAUACUUAUUUUAAUUAUUCAUUUAUUAAAUAAAUAAAAAUAAUGUUUUCUCAAAUAUCAAACUCGUACUUUGUAUAUUAAAAACCACAUAUUAAUUGUCCAAAAUGAUAUUUUCAUAAAGGUGUAGUUCCUGUCAUCAUCAGGUUCCUAGUGUAUAUUACAUAGUCUCAUCUUUAUCUCAUAUUAACUCCACUAUUACGAUAAUCGUGUUAAGUUUUGUCUCGCAUCGAGUAUCACUCACAAGCUGCCAUUUUGAUAAGCUAUGAUUACUUAUAUGAAAUCUCAAAUAAGCCUAUAAAAAUGUAAAUUAUAAUAUUUAUGACUUAUAUUUAAUUUUGGACUCAGGUAGUUUUCCCAGUGAACUGUUCUCAUUCUGAGUAGUGUUUACAGUUAGUAAAUAUUUUAGAAACUCAGGACUUUCUUUAUAUGACUAUUUUUGUAUUAAAUUUGUUCAACAUAAAAAUAUACUUCAUUUUAAACAAAAUCGUUUUUGCACUUCUUUUAUCAUUAAUGUAUUGAUAUUGUAUUUUUAUUUAAGUUAAAAAUAUUUUUUGAGUUUUAGUUGUAAAUGACACUUAAAUCUUUUUCAGUGCAAACAAUGGACAUUUCUGUACAUAUGUUGUUAUCAAUCUCAAAUGCUAUGUUCAUACAUAAGGAUCAUCCCAAAUGCCUUACAUGUACCUCAUAUAUAUACAUAUGUAUGUCUGAAAUAUUGUAUGGAUGCAUGUGCAGGUAAUUAAAACUAAGAUUUUUAAUAUAAUAAAUGUAUAUUAUAUAAUUCCACACUAACUUUUACACUUUACACAAAAUAUCACAUUUUCUUGUGGCGGUCAGUUUACAUAAUGAAUAAUAAAGAACAGUUUUUGGUGCUUUUUGUUUAAGCUCUGAGUUUAACUUAAUCCUAUAAGUAUGUUAAGAUACUAGUCAAUUAGGAAAUCAUCUCGUUGGUCUUAAAAAUGAGAAAUUUAGUUAAAAUGUACUUGUUAUUGUCAAUGGAAUCUCUAUAAUAAAAAAAACUUAUAAGCUAUAAGUACACUUUUUAAAAAUAACAUUUUAUUACUUAAAUAAAUUUGCACAGCAUAUUCAUAUUUUUAAGGUUGUUGAUUUACACACAAUCAGCUUUGUCUCAAGCAUAAUACAAUAAAAAAGUAUAUUUUUUAAUGAUAUUCAACAUCAUCUACUACUAUCUAAGAUCACAAGAUUGUAUUACUAUAUAUAGAUUUUAAGAAUGUAACCGAUACAGUGGUACAGGCAGGUAUUUAUUAUGGACGUUGUUGAAUUUUUAUUUAUGUUACUUGGAUAUAGUUAUUUUAAACAAUA